AUGCAACAGCCCCAGCCCUCCACUCCUACGAAAAAUGGGACCUCCACGCUUCCUAGUGUCGUCGGGACCGGUCGACCGCUCUCGCGCCCCCCGUCCCGCGCCCUCACCAGGUCCCCGCCGCGUCGCAGCCUCAGCGCCAUACCUCACACUUCCUCGAGCGGCAACCCAUGGGUCUCCCCAAGGGCCACCUCGCCCGUCGAACGCACCGGUAUCUCUUACGCAUCUAUGGCAGCGAAGCCUCGCCCGACUACGCCGAUACUCUCCUCCGCCUCUCAGGCAGUCCCCGCCUCGACCGCCAAACCAGCCGGAAAGAUCGAAGCCGUCGCCGAAGCUGGAGCGUCCGCGAAGGAUGGGAAGGAUUCGGGAUUGAGCAGCACGACGACCCAGGUGGUCGUCAAAGUCGAGGAAGAGGAAGCAAGCCUCGACCCCGAACGCACCCGCUCCGGAAAGCAACCCGCAGCUUCCAAACUGAAGAACAAAAAGCAGUGUGCCAAAAAGAGUGCCAAGGCGGCGGGUAAGCAGCCUGCAAACAUCGGUAUCGGCCUCCCCGCCCAAGACGACCAGCCUGUGUCCAACGUGGGACCCUCUAGCAGGUCAAUCAGCGACGUCAGGAAGUGCCGUAGAAUCUCCACCGACGUCGACGGUGAGAGCGCCCCCAUUGGCACGAUCCCCAAAGUCCAGGACACGCCGACAACGCCGGCGCGCCCCCCUGCUGCUACACAACCCACCGUCAUCUCGCUCAUCUCACCGGCGGGGAGCGACAAUGACCCACCCGCCGUCACCACCUCGGACCUAGAAGCAGACGACGUCGAGAUGCGGGACCCGGACGAUUUCGAACUCUCCACGGCAACCAUGCGUAUGUUCUACGGACUCGAUCCCAAUUACACUGCUGAUAGUUACCAUCCUCGUCCCAUUGUUGCCGUACCUGCCCACCUAUUCCCAGACGACCGCACGAUCCACCCGCCGCACGUCUGGAACGUCCCGGGCAGCUCUGAACGCGUCCAGCAAUACAUAGAGAGCCAACACGUCCGCGAAAGGAACCCGUAUGUCCUAGCUGUAGCUGAGCAGGUGGAAGGCGAUAUUGAGGACCUCUACGCUUCUGCUGCGCCGCCGGAUACCUCCGAGAGGCACCCGUCGCGUCACUUAACCUCCAACAUCGCCGCCCCGCAGGCGGUACGCCCGCCCCCUCGCUCGUUCCCGUCGGUUGGCAUCAGCAUGGGUGACCACCGGUCCCCGUCCAUGCGAAGCAACAAUAUGCGACGCGAACCCACCGCAGGCCCAUCUCGCAGCAGAGCUGGCAGCCCACGCAUGAUCCCGCCACGCUCGCCGCCGAACCGCCUCCACCCGCACCCAGUCCAUUAUGCUCCAGGACCCUUCCCGAACUUCCCGGAUCCGGACGUUUCCCCCGUCCCUGCCUACCGUGCUGCCCCUCCGACGCACGAUCACUCGGCCGCGCCACCCGCUCCUUACUUCCCCGCCGGCCCAAUUGCCCCACUAGAACCUGCCCAUGGCCCCAUCGCGCCUCGCUCGAUGACGCGCACCCCCCCAGGAGGCUGGCCCAUCGUCCAAGGCGAUGACCCGUUCUGGCCGUACGCCAAUAUACAGGCCGAGCAGCUCGUCGAGUGGACCACGAAGUGGGAACCUUGUGUCCUCAUCCACUUCGUAGGACGAAGCGCAGGCGACAAAGGCAACUACGCCAGGCAAUGCACGGCAGACACGAUCCUAAAGAAAGUCUUCGACAUCCCGGACGCGGUCGUCACCCAGCCAAUCCCCGCGAACCCACAGCCCCGCCCGAAUGCAGAACCGAUUUUCUACCGAGUCGAUAACAUCACCGUCGCUCAGCGCGACCGACUUCUACGGAAGCCAUGGGCGUCCACGAUAUACGGAACUUUCGGCGUUGUCCCUGCCCCGCACGAACCGCCAACCUUCAUUGGAGGAUGGCGCUACCCUCAACGGCUAGGCACCACCUCAGCCACUGGCAUGGCGGACGUCAUCCGCAAGGACUUCGAGGUAGGAGUACUCGCUGAUCAUGCUCACUCCCUGCUCGUCUCCGACAUCCGAGGCGAUGGACGAUGGCGCCACCUCACUGUCAAUGAAGCCCACACCCUGAUCGUUCAAUCUGUACGCGUCAGGCUUAUAACGGUACGCGAAGGACGUGACGACGACGAAGAACUAAUCGCCCUACUAUACAUCGAGUCACCAACCUCCGAUGCCGCCGAGUGGAUCAACUUCCGCGACGCGAUACGCCACCACGUUUUUGGCAGUGCUUACGCUGGACCUCCUGAACUCGUCACAUCCUCUUUCUACUGCAUGUACUGCCACGCGGCAGACCACCCGACCUCAGCCUGCACCCUCCCGUCUAUUCCAGGUUGGCUCGGUCCCUCGAUGGACGAAGUGAGGACGAUGCUCGCGAACGACAGACGCAACCAAGGCGAGCUCGAGGAAACAGUAACUGUGGACGCCGCCCUGGUUCGGACACUGGCGCGACUAUUCGCAACGCUUAAGUUCGUCUCCCUCGCACAUAUCAUCUAUCGCACUACCUAG